AUGGCCACCUUCUACUCCUCCUUCUUCUCCUCUGGCCUCAUGGCCGACGAGCCUCCCCAUGGCUCCUCCCGGCUCCCAGCCUCCUCCGCCACUCCCCGCGCUCGCACCCGUUCCUCUCUUGCCACCGGCUUCUCCAGUGCGACCUCUUCUUCCGGAAGCGUGCAAGACGAUCCCUCGGUCCCCUCCAUCUCUGUCCCUCCUUCGGAUGACAGACCCCGUCUCCGUCGUCGCCGCUCCUCCUUGGCCGGAUCCUCCUCCCCUCUGGCCACCAUGAAGGCCUCAGGUCCCGUCCGGAAUGCUGCUGCUUCUGUCCAGCGCAACCUCCGUGCCCGGUCAGGCAGCGAUGCCAGUGUCAUGUCCCAGGCCUCUCGCACUCUGUCCACCGAAAAUUCCCCCGCCCCCAUCCCGGCGCCCAAGCCGACAGGCAUCAUUGGCAGGCUCAGGAGUGGCAGCGUCGGCACCGCGCUACGUCCCCGCCGCGGUCUUCGCCGCCUCGUAACAAACCUCCCAGCCUUGCCCCCACCCACGUCCCCGCUUCCUGAGGUCCCGCCGCUUCCCGAGCUCCCCGGCUCGUCCGCCCGGCGUCCGUUCUCCCGGCGCACCCAGACGAUGGGCAACUACGAGCUCGUCGUUCCUGAGGGCUCGUCGCACCCCAUGCCCGGCGGUUCGUGCGGUCAGCAGAGCGCGAUGGAAGUCGACUACCCAAGUCCCGUCGACAGCUCGGCGUUCGAAUGGACCCGUGGUUCGGCGCAGACCACCUACCACUGA